AGGGGCUAAAGGAAUUUAUAAGUGAGAUAAACACUUUAGCGUCCUUGCAACAUCCAAAUCUCUGUAAAUUGCUUGGCUAUCAUGCACGUGAUGGGUCAGAACAGAGAAUGUUGGUCUAUGAGAGGCUCUUUCAUGGAAGCUUGGAUCGGCUUUUGUAUGGGAGAUCAGAUGGACCACCAAUUGAUUGGAAUACUCGAAUGAAGAUUGCUUUGUGUGCUGCACAGGGUCUUACUUUCUUGCAUGAAGAAGGGCCUUUUCAGGCAAUGUACAACGAAUUUACAACUGCUAACAUACAGAUUGAUAAGGAUUUUAGUGCAAAACUUUCCGGAUACGGUUGUGUUGGACAUAUUCCUGAGACAGAUUUAUCCACUAAUUCAGUUGCUGCAGCUAAUCUUUCAGUGGAGACUUUGGAGAGAGGAUUGCUGACUCCAAAAAGCAAUGUCUGGAGUUUCGGAAUUGUUCUACUUGAAUUACUUACUGGACGGAGAAACCUUGACAGUCAAUAUCCCAAGGAAGAGAGGAACUUGGUCAAGUGGAGUCGCCCUUUCUUAGCUGAUGACUGUCGAUUGUCACUCAUCAUGGAUCCUCGGCUGAAAGGUCGCUUCCCCAUGAAAGCAGCCAGUUCAGUGGCAGACAUUGCUAAAAAGUGCCUGCAAAAAGACCCGUUAGAAAGACCUACCAUGAGAACUAUUGUUGAGAAUCUCAAAAUCAUCCAAGACAUGAAACAUUCCAGUCGCUUUCCUCUGCAAGAGCCAAUAGUAAUUACCGGAAAACAGAUGUCAAGAUCACCUAGUCUUAAUGGCAUCAUUACCCCUGCACCCAGGUUAAGCUUCUCACCAUCACCACCAUCAAGAGCACGACCGUCUGUUUCACCAACUAGAAGACCACUUGCCUUGCCACUGGCACUGCCACCACGUGCCUGUUCCUCCACCCUCUCACUGGAUGAACUGGAUAGGCAAGAAAGCAGGAGAUCGUCAUCGUCAACAACUUUUAGAAGGCCUAGUGUUGAAGGUUUUUGAUUGUUGAUAAUGUGCUUUUUUUUUUUUUUUCCUUCAUUUUUUACGUCUUUAAAUUCAACACAAGAUAUAGAAGAUAAGGUUGUGGUCGUUCCACCUUCUGGUCUCUCUACUUUCUACAUGAUGAGAUGUAGAGAUGAUAUUGUUCUGUAGAUAUGUCUGAUGAUUAAUUAGUUUCCAUCAACCUAAAAUUUC